GUGGCUUAGAUUCUACAAUCUUACUCUAGCAAGCUUUUAAAGUCUCUCUUUUUCCCUACACAUGCACUCUUGCUAUCACCAUACAUAGAAAAAACAAAGAGGAGGAAGAAGAAGCAGCAGAGGAGAAAGAAGAAGAGACGCCAUGGCUUGCAAGCUCGCCUCCUCCGCGGCGGUCGUGAGCUCCGUGCCGCAAUUCUGCGGCCUCAAGAAUCAAGCUCCGUCCAUGGUGGUGAUGUUGCCCGCGAUGAGGCGGAGGGGGAGAGGAGCCUUGGGGGCUCGCUGCGGCUUCAUCGGUUCUCCGACCAACCUUAUAAUGAUAACCACCACGAGCUUGAUGCUGUUCGCCGGGCGGUUCGGCCUGGCGCCGUCGGCCAACCGGAAGGCGACGGCCGGGCUGAAGCUCGAGGUGCGCGACUCCGGGCUGCAGACGGCCGACCCGGCGGGGUUCACCCUGGCCGACACAUUGGCCUGCGGCACCGUGGGCCACAUCAUGGGGGUCGGAAUUGUGUUGGGCCUCAAGAACCUGGGCAUAAUACCAUAAAUCAACAACGAAUUGGGUUCUUAUGAUGCUCCAGUGUGUUUAUUUAUGCCUUUUUGUGCUAUAUUGUUGUUAAGGGUUGUACAUGGUGGUUUGGUUUACUUUUCUCUACUAAAAGAGAUUUGCAAUUAUCCUUUCAAAUUUUAAGAAUGUAGAGGGAGAAAGUUCCAUAGUA